AUGAGUAAAGAUUUGGUUUUUCAACAAGGGGAUUGUAUAUUGGGGAAACGUUCUUGCACUUUACGUGACCAAACCUCAUGGCAUGGGUUCAAAUAUAAAAGUGGCAUGUACAUGAGCAGGUUCGCAAAGUCAUGCGAGCCACCUCAGUCAGCCGCAAAACCUGAACCAAACAGUCUAAUGAAGAUGGAAACAAGAGCGGCCGGUGUGAAUCCUCACAUUGAAAAAUCAAGUCUUAUAAAUGAAUACUAG